AUGACUGACCAAACAACUAUUAUUUCGGACAGUUCUUGUAAACAGCAUCAGCAGCAACAGAUAACACAGCAACAGCAUUCUCAUCAUCAACAGCAACAACAGUAUGAUCACCGUGUAGAAGGUUAUCGUAUUGCAUCUAUAAAUGGCGCUCACAAGGAUGAGAAAGGUUAUACAGUUGUGCCUGCAAGUGUCAGCUUUCGUGGUGUGAGCAUGAAAUUGGACCUAAAAAUAGAUCAGAAAACGUUAGCAGCUGCAACAAAUUUUUCUAAAGCGGUAGAAGAAGCUGUUUCUACUCAUCUUUCGUCUUCGGUUAUACCUGUCGAAAACGAUGAAGUAGGGAGCUCGCAAAUUUCACAUAUUCCACCAACAUCGUCAACAACUUCUGGUAUUCAGUCAUUCAGUUCAUCAUCUUCAGUUAAUACGGUUGAAGCAGCUAACAAUACCAACAAUACCAAAGGAUCACCUGUCAUUUGUGACAGUUCUGUUGAGAGCACUGGGCUUUCAUGUAAAAAAGAAUUAUGUGAACAAGUAAAUGAAGUAUGCAGUUCGACAGUGGACGCCAGUCCAUUUUGUGAUACUGCUUGCUCUCCCAUACAACUUGAAACACAAACAAGAUUGCCGCAUAAUGUUUUGUGUAAUGGCGUUAAGUCUCCAGAAGGCACAUUAAAAACUUUAACAGAACAAAGAAAAAAUCCAUUGCAUUCAUCAGUUAAAGGAGAAUUGAUCAAUUUAGUGGCUUCAACUCCUGUGUCAGAUAAUGCUUACUUAACUCCUUGUGCUUCAACUUCAUCAGCUGAAGUAGAUAUUGCAGUGUUUUCACCAUUAGUAGCUAAAAAGCGAAAAGAAAAGCCGAUUACAUCAUCUCAUCUUUGCGAACAAAUUGAUUCAGACAAAGGACAGUGUCGGCAGCGUGCCAUCGUAAAUUACAAGUACUGCAUUCGUCAUAUACUUCUAGAUCCUGGAGCACCAUACAUACAAUGUCAACAUCGUCGUAAACCAAAAAGCAAAAAAGAUACAAAUUUAUUUUGUACAAAUGCAAUAAGGAAAGACAAAGGAACAAUUUACUGCAGUACCCAUUUGAUUAUGAACGGAUUAAUGGAACCUAAGAAGAAAAAGGCUAAAACUGGUGCAGUGAUUGUUGAAAGCACAGAAUUAACUACUUCUAAUAGUAUUGCGUGGAAUCAGUCAGUAACUCCAAGAAAGUCAGCUACAACUGCUACAACAUCAAAAACAGUGAUGACUACGUGUAAAGAAAUUCGUGGUACAUCUCGAUCAGUCGAACAGGCUCCUGCGAGGAAUGAUCAUAUAGUCCGCAGUAAUAUCCUAAAUAAUGCUGUGAUUGGUGUUAAUUCAGUUACCAGUAAGCGUACAGUGUACCAUUUAUCAAAAGCUCCAAUAGCUAAUAAUACCCUCUGUGGGGGAAGAAGUACCGUCACAGUGGCACCAACGUCAAAGAAUGGGGUUGCAAGUGGCAGUGAUGGGGAUAUUCGCAUUCAAAAUACCUAUCCAGGUCCUCCAAAGUUAUCUGCUCAUAAAAUUGGAAUUCCAGUAUCGAUCUCAUCAUCUUACGAUGGAGGACGAUCAGUUUAUGAGUGUCCUGCUCAACCAACAACUAGUCAUAUAGUCCACCAGAAUAUUCGCCAUUCUUAUCCACUUACCACAGCCCAAGUUGUCGCACCAGUUGUUGUUGAAACACGUGAUGUUGCACAAAUUUCUGUUCCGCAAACGAUUGCAGAUCAACCAAUAUCUGUUAAUCUUACCAAACAGCAUCCACAACUCGCUGCUAAACUUUUGCAGGCACCAGCGACAGGUCAACGUGUCGCACCAUCAUUACCGGGUCCUAUUUUACGAACAAGUUUUGCAAAAAGCAUUCUUCCAACCUCUUUGUUAAUUCCGGAAACUCGCAACUUAUUGCCAUCUGCAGCACCAAGUUUGACUUCAGAACAGGAAGUUCCUUGUUUUUACAGAAUUCCAGAUAAUCAUAGAGUGAAAUCAGAUGUAAAACAAGAAGGAAAGGAUUUGACUCAGAAGCCAAAAGUUAUAAAGUUGAAGCAGAAACGCAGACGACUGAAAAUGACGGGAUUUUACCGGGAUAUACCUGUAGUUGAUCAAAUGUGCAGAGUUUUAGAGGAUCAGGAUUUUGAUCGGACUGAUCUUUUUCCUCGCGGGCUUGAACCAUCAGACGAUGAAGACGAGGAAAAUGAGUGUCUGGACCUUAGGUGGUCAGAGUUAGCUUGUAAUGUUGUUUCUGAUCACUUAAAUCAAGGACCGCUGCAAGUAUAUUUGGUGAAAAAACAGAUAAGACUGGAUAAAAAUGCGCUAAUGAAAGAAGCUGUAACUAAUGCUCCAAUAAUGCAUGCUUGCAAACUUUAUCCUGCUAGUGUUGGAGCAGCAUUGAGCGAUCGUGCAUCUAAACAUAGAAAUGUUCGGAGUGUAUCCAAUGUAUCUAAAAGGUGCUAUUUUACAAAUGUGAAAGGCACAUCACCUCCCGUUCAAUGCGCGAAUCAGUGCCUUCCAUUUAGCAAUCAUUGUAUGCAACAUAUUUCUUAUAAUUUGAAUCAACAACUAUUCAAUUAUUGUGCCGAACCAUGUUGCUCACAACCUGUUCUUUUCGUUGAUGCAAUUAAAACAUCAAAGUUAUGCAUCAAGCAUUAUGAGGAAAGAAAAAGAGCUGAAAAAAUCGCUCAAGAAAAUGCUCAUCAGUCAUGGAAUCAACAGAUGUCGAUAUGCCAGCACCGAGUACAACAGCGUACAUUGCAAUAUGACGAAGAUGUUCGCAUGAAUAUGCAACAGUCGCAACAUCUGUUGCAAAAUGCUGGAGUAGACAGAGUCAAUUCCGUCAGCAUAGGGGAUUUCGGUGAAUUUGAUAUAGGAUCUUCGUCAAGUGGCAACGAAUCUGAUGUAUACUUGGCUUCCUUUGCAAAGGAUCUGGAAUUGGGCUUGGAUGGUAAAGAAAUUAAUGAUAUGUUGGCAAAUUUCAACGUUGCAGAUGGAGAUAGUACGGAUGGUUUACAAGAGCAGACAUUUACAGAUGGUGUCAAAGAUGAUUUCCUGCAUUUACCAUCAGAAUUUAAUGAUGUUACUGGUGGUCAUGAUUGGCUUGAUGUGGAACAGUUUCUUAUAUCUGAAGGUGUUGAUUUAUCUUCAUCAUCGCAACCAAACAUUAAUUCAGUAUCUCCUUAUCCAUCAACUUUCGUUAACGAUGUAAUGGCUUUCAAUGAAUAUUCAUCGUCAUCAUCAUCUUUUGUACAUCAUCGGUAA